CCGAAAACAUCAAAAAUCUCUUUUUUUUUUUUUACAUUUUAGUUAUUUUCUUCAAACAUAACCUUAAUUAUUCUGAUCUGUUUAAUUGAUCAAUUCUUAAAUAAGACAUGGUUUCUUUGCAAGCAUCCAUAACUAAUUUAUCAUCAAACAAAGCUACCAUUACAAAUGCACUUACUCUUCCUAAAUAUCUCAAAAAACCCAGAAUUACAGUCCCAAAACAACCAUUGAAUAAUAAUACUUCUAAAAAAUUACAUCAAAAUGAAGAUCACCUUAAUAACUUAGUUUAUAAUCUUCCAUUGACGACAAAAACUAAACCGAUCACCAGUCCAAAAGAUCAAGAUCUUAUAACUGCAAAAAUAUAUGCAAUCUUAGAAGCCAUAAGUGAUAGAAUAGAAAUGCACAAAAAUAUCGGUGAUCAACGGGAUAAUUGGAAUUCUUUGUUAUUGAAUUCUGUUAACAUGAUGACUUUAACCGCCGCCACUAUGGCUGGUUUUGCCGACGUUAGUGGGUCCCAUGGGGUAGUGCUGAGGGUGUCUUCAACCUUACUGUUCCUUGCCGGAACAGGGAUUAUUAUGAUAAUGAAUAAGAUACAACCUUCUCAGUUAGUUGAAGAACAAAGGAAUGCUGUAAGACUGUUAAAGAAGCUUCAAACUAAAAUUCAAAAUAGUGUUUCUAUCCGGAAGUUGACAAAUAAAGAUGUGGAUAAUGCAGUGGAAGAAGUUAUAGCAUUGGAUAGGGCAUACCCUUUGCCUCUUUUGGGUUCCAUGCUCGAGAAGUUUCCAGAAAGUUUGGAGCCUGCUAAGUGGUGGCCGUCUAAAAAACAAUCAAGUGAAUCAAUAACUUCACAAGGUGGUGGUGAAGAAAAUGGGUGGAGUCAAGAGCUGGAAGAUGAUAUGAGAGAAGUAGUGGGAGUGACAAAAAGGAAGGAUAUUGAAGAUUAUAUUAGGCUUGGGAACAAAGCUUUGAAGCUUAAUAAAAUGUUGGCUGUUACGGGUCCUGUUUUGACAGGAAUAGCAGCUGUUGGAGCUGCUUUUGUGGGCCAUGGUGGGCCUUGGGCUGGGAUUGUGGCGGCGGCUGCCGGGUCUAUGGCUGCUGUGGUGAAUACUUUAGAGCAUGGUGGGCAAGUAGGAAUGGUUUUUGAGAUGUAUAGGAAUUGUGCUGGUUCUUUUAAGUUGUUAGAAGAAAGUGUAGAGUAUAACUUAGGAGAGGAAGAUUAUAUGAUGAGGAAAAAUGGGGAAGUUUUUGAGUUGGAGAUGGCUUUAAAAUUGGGAAGGAAUGUGAGUGAUCUUAGAGAUUUUGCUGAUAAAUCAAGAACAAAUGGAGGGAAUGUUGAAGGAUUUGCAAGCAAGCUUUUCUAGCUAAGGUAGUCAUGCACAUAUAGACAACAUUUUGUAACUAAAAAAAUUCGUUCAUUAAUUAUGCACAAUUGCACAUAUAGAUUGGACAUUAAUUAGUUAAUAUUUACUUAAGAUAUUAUUUGAUUCUUUAAUUUGUUAAUGGGUUUAGAUGAUAGAUCACAUGUAUGAGAUUAUAACAAUGGAUGUGACAUUUUAUAGUCUUUUACUUGACUGAUUAAUUGUAUGUAGCUACAAGUUCGAAUGAUGGAUAAUGGUAAAUUAUUGU